UGGUCGAUCGGAGCAAGCGGACGUUUUAGCGCGAGAAUCGAGAAGAAUAAGACCGCAGAAUUCAAGAUCGAGGGCCUGCGAAGACUGAAGAAUUAACGAACCUGAAGAAUCGCGAUCGCGUGUGCGUGGUUAGUGUGCGUUCGCGAGAGAUGUGCCGCGUUUGAUUACUUGAUCAGAGGUCCAGGGCAUCGAAGGUCACCACAUCCAAUGGCCGGUAGACGCCACCUGCUGCUGAUCCUGCUGCUGAUCAUGCAGCUGAUCGCCACCACGCCGGCGUCGCGCAGCCUCAGCGUUAAUGGCAACAACAUUUGGCGGCGGGUGCGCCUGGUAACCAGCCAGGAAUCCGAUCGCAACGCCUACCAGGUGCUCAAGCCGAGUAGCCGUAAUGCCAGCAGCACCACCACUACUACCAGCACGACUACUAGUACUACAAGUAGCACCACUAGUACCACUACUCCGGCAGCCCCUCAGUCCCAGCGAUCUGCCAAACAAUUGGAUCUCAAUUUUCCGGGUGGCAAUGUCUCCAGUGCUGCCCGUCUCGAAAUGUCGACGGAAUUCUUUGUAGUACCCACACUAUCGGCCAGCAGUUCUAGCAGCACCACGUCCACCACCACACCAGCCACGCCCCGUCGGAGUUCGGGGGCGAAGGCGCGAGCAGCCGGCACCACUGGACGGGUGACUCCCGGGAGCAGCUCCAACAGCACGCCCCCCAGCAUAGUGUCUACCCACUUGCCCUUCGCAGGACUACGCAAGGAGCCGUGGGUGGUGCCGGUGCUAGUUCUGGCCACCCUCACCAUGCUCAUGAUGGCAGCCUUCGAGAUCUUUGUGCUCUUCAAGGCCUGGCGGACAUCCCCGUCGCGUAGGCACCUCUUUCUGGGCCAGAUGCUGCUUCUCGGCCUUUUCGCCUGCGCUAGUUUGGGGGCAAUCAUCACCGCACAGCCCUCGUUGAUCAGCUGCGGAGCCAUUCGUUUCGGAGUUGGCGUGGCCUACGCCCUGGUCUUUGCCGCCCUGCUGGUCAAGUGCGUAUUUCUGAUUAGUCUAAAUGGAGGGGUCUAUCUGCCGGCUCCAUACCAGGGAUUGCUGCUCCUCUUUGCGCUGCUCAUCCAGGUGGCGAUCGGAGGGCAGUGGCUGCUUACCCAACCACCGGAGGUGUACACCACCAGUGUGCCUGUGAUGGGCAGUGGCUUCCUUAGCACCACGGUGGCCUCACAGACCAAUUACUCGGCACUGUUUUACCCCACGUCUUAUACCACGCUGGACGGCACUCCGGAGAUCUACACCCGGAUAGCGGCGGUCAGCACCGUGCUAAUACCGCUCUGCAAGACGCAGUUCUCGGAGCUGCUCUUCUCGCUGAUCUACAUUGUCUUUCUGAUCGUCUUCAUCGCCGUGCUGGCCAUCAAGUCGCGUGGCAUCAGGGACAACUACCGUGAGGCCACCUACAUUGGGCUGGCCAUCGGAGGAGCCAUCCCCAUCUGGCUGGGAUGGAUGCUAUGCGGCCUGGCCGUGGCCGAACGGCACAAGGACGCUUGCGUAGCCUUCGGCCUGGUAGCCACUUCCGCCACGGUCUUCCUGGUGAUGUUCAUGCCCAAGGGCAGGCAAUUGGCGGCCAUGGGCAAGGAGGGCCUGUACGUGGAGGACCGCGAGGAGCAGUUCAGUUCCCUGAGUCGCGCCGGAUCCGGCUACUCGCCCUCGUUCUUCCACUUCAAACCCAUCAAGUACGGCGUGAUGAGCGGCUGCGGACUGCCCAACUCUGCAUCCAACACGGGCCAGGGACUCAGCUCCAAACACUGCUCCAGUGCCAACAAUGGAGGUGAUCGGGUUGCUCUGGUCACCGCCGCACCGCCGAGCUAUACGCGUAUGUAUCACUAUUUUCCAGCACACCUGAGUCCGCACCCGUUCUGCUAUUAUCCUCCCGCACCACCACCACCACUGCCACCGCAACCACCGCCACCACAGCAAGCCACACCGCCCACGCUCACGCCGUUGACCCUCAAGCAGUUGGGCAACUCGCUAACCUCCAUGACACAAGCGGCGCAGUUGGCCAAAACGCUGCGCUAUGCGCCAGGCAUGUUUAUACGACCAGACGAAACGAAUCUCUACACCACGCUGGAGCCCACGUUGAGCAGCAAUCCGAAUGUGUACUUCCAGCGCAGCGGGGCCGUCCAUCCCGGCAUCCUGUACUGAGUAAUCCCGAGGAGAUCCCAAGGAGCACCGAGCAUCGAGAACACUGGAACUGAGUAUUUUUUCUUAACUUUAAGGUACGGCUCCCAAGGAGCAGCAAUAAGCGAAUGAUAUUCCACGAUCAUUUCACAUAGUGUAAUAAUUUUGUCAUAACUGCUAAGAUCUUUGCAUCUAAGUUUGCGAAACGAAGAAUACAUAUAGCGACCUAGUAGACUAAGGAUCGGACCCCACCUGACCCCGGGAAUUUUGAUAUAUUCCUAUCGGUCGGUCAGAGGGUUUGUGGAAGUUCGUGGAUCUGCGGAGUGCAGUCCUACAUAUAGUUUAGCAAUAUCGACCAUCUACACUGGUUACAUUUUACACACUCGCUGUAGCAACGAUUCUAUCAAAUAAGUCAUUGAAAGCAGUUAGCUGGCCUCGCGAUUCCUAAAUAAUCUUUCCGAGUUAUUUCUGGCUUGUGAUUUAUUAAAGUAAAUUGUCCAUCAAAAGUUUUGAUAGCAUUCGAACAGCUCUGCUGUUCUGAAAAAACUCAAGAACGCAGGGGCAAACCAUCUGGAUUAAAUAUCUCGACCAAAACUCGGCUCGAAUUUGCGUUAAGAGCAUUCAGCUCAAUUGUAAAGGCAGUGAGAAGUCCCUGGAAUCCACCUGAUGGUCGUCGGAUAUAUUUGUACAAAUGUUUUGCCCCUGCGAACACACAUACUCCAGUAAGUUAUAGUAAUAGGCUUAAUAUCCAUUUGUCUAGCCAAGUAAAGCGAUCGCUUAAGCAAACACGAAAUGUUGUACAUACUGCAAUGGCCCCGAGCCACACACACACGCACACUCGGUGAGCAAGCCAAUCUUAAUAAAAGAAAAGAAACUGAAUAACAACUCUCGAUUG